AUUUAAAAUUCCAAUGGGACCCUCAAGCUGCCAUCUUGCCCAGCUCACUGUCUCUGGAUUCAACAACCACCACCGACAUGUCCGACAAACACGGAGAUUAUUACAUCGGGGUGGAUGUAGGCACCGGCAGUGCGCGAGCCUGCGUCGUCGAUCACCAGGGCAACAUUGUCGGUCUCGCAUCGCAGGAUAUCAAAACAUGGCGACCCCAUCCGGAGUACUAUGAACAAUCAACCUCCAAUAUCUGGAACAGUAUUUGUGUCGCAGUCAAAGAAGCAGUCCAACAAUGCGGUACACCCGUAUCGAAUAUCCGAGGCCUUGCAUUCGAUGCCACUUGCUCUCUGGCAGUGUUCAGUAGAGAGUCUGACAGUCCUGUGUCAAUCAGCAGUCCCGAUUUUACCACCGAUCGCAAUGUGAUUCUGUGGUUGGAUCAUCGCGCAGUGGACGAGACAAAGAUAAUCAAUGCAACCAAUCACCCAGUGCUGGAUUACGUCGGAGGUGCAAUGUCCGUGGAAAUGGAGAUGCCGAAAAUCCUGUGGUUGAAGAACCAUAUGCGGCCGGACCAAUUCCGGGACUGCAAGUUUUACGAUCUCGCCGAUGCCCUCACCCACCUGGCAACAGACAAAGAGACACGAAGCUACUGCAGCGCCAUUUGCAAGCAGGGCUACCUUGCAUCUGCCACCGAUGGCCGUGCUGAGGGCUGGCAAUUGGACUUUUUGACCGCAGUCGGGUUGGAAAAUCUUGCUGCAGAUGAUUUUGGGCAGCUUGGGGGCAUUAACGGCCAGAAUGGUGAAUACCUCAGUGCUGGCCAAUGUGUGGGCUUAUUGAGUGAAAAGGCGGCGGCCAGCCUCGGACUCCUCCCCGGAGUUGCAGUCGGAAGCGGAGUUAUCGACGCCUAUGCAGGGUGGAUUGGCACUGUAGGUGCCAAGGUCGGCCUAGGCAUUGACUCAGGCGAUGAGCGAGAACAAGUGGUCCAUCGGCUGGCAGUCGUAGCCGGUACCUCGACCUGUCAUUUGGCCAUGUCUAAUGAGGAACUGUUCGUCCCUGGUGUUUGGGGACCUUACCAGAAUGUACUUUUCCCGGGUGCAUAUCUGGCAGAAGGAGGUCAAUCCGCUACAGGAGAGCUCAUUCGACACGUGGUUGAGAGUCAUCCGGCUUAUCCGGUGGCUUGCAAGGCCGCAAAGACCGGUGGCAUUCAUAUUUACGAUUUCCUUAACAAGCACCUUCAGCAAGAAGCCCUAAGGAAAACAGCCCCUAGUGUAUCCCACCUGGCCAAGCACUUCUUUUUCUACGGCGACUUAUGGGGCAACCGUUCACCCAUUGCAGACCCGGAUAUGACAGGUACCAUCAUCGGGCUGAAGAGCGACUUGUCAAUCAACAAUCUGGCCCUUCAUUACUACGGAGCGUUGGAGUUCAUUGCGCUGCAAACCCGUCAGAUCGUGGACACGAUGAACGAACAUGGACAUCAAAUCUCGGUUCUCUUCAUGUCCGGGUCCCAAAUACAAAACGGCAUCCUGGUGAACCUGAUAGCCUCGACGUGCAAAGUGCCAGUGGUUCUGCCCGAAUAUGUUCAUGCUGCGGUUUGUCACGGCGCUGCAAUGCUGGCGGCCAUGGCCGCUAGUAGCCAAUUUGCUUCGGUGUCGAAGGACUUAUGGACUGUCAUGGGAGAGAUGAGCAAACCUGGUUGGCGUGUGGACCCUAGCACUGACGAGAACGAGCAACGUCUGCUUCAGGCCAAGUAUGAAGUGUUUUUGGAUAUGUGUUUCCGGCAGCGGGAGUAUCGGGACUUGGUAGAUAGGAAGCUUAGUGCAGGGCAGUAA